AAAUAAGAAGGAUUAAUCGAAUCUGAUUCGAAUUUUUCAUUUGUUUUGGAGAGCAAACAAAAAAAAAGUUUAUAUCACCGCCAUUCAUUCGUCGCCUACACACGUGAUAAACAAAGCUUCUUUAUUCUUUGUUUGAAUCUAGGUUUAUUUUGCCACGUUGAACUCUGCUAAAAUACUCAUUCGAUAAUUAAGAAAAUUGGAGAAUAUUCUCCACAAUAAUUGUUAGAUUCUUUGUAUUUUUUCUAAUUUUUUCAGAAACGAUGGGUAUAUUAUUUUCAAAAAUUUGGAGCUAUUUUACACAUGAAGAACAUAAAUUGGUAAUCAUCGGAUUGGAUAAUGCGGGAAAAACAACAAUUUUAUAUCAAUUCCUAAUGGAAGAAGUUGUACAUACAUCACCAACAUUGGGCUCAAAUGUUGAAGAAGUUGUCUGGAAAAAUAUUCAUUUUAUAAUGUGGGAUCUAGGUGGCCAGGAUUCAUUACGACAAGGAUGGCAAGCUUAUUAUACAAAUACGGAGUUUAUAAUUCUAGUGAUCGAUAGUAGUGAUCAUGAACGAAUAUCAAUCAGUAAAGAAGAACUGUGGCGUAUGCUUGGCCAUGAAGAUCUACGUAAAACAUCGAUAUUAGUUUAUGCAAAUAAACAAGAUAUAAAAGGAUGUAUGUCGGUUGCACAGAUAUCAAAAGAAUUGAAUCUAACAUCAAUUAAAAAACAUAAAUGGCAAAUACAACCUUGUUGUGCUAUUUCAGGUGAAGGAUUAUAUCAAGGUCUUGAAUGGAUUGUUGAACAAUUGAAAAAUAAAACGUAAAACUUUUAAAAAGAUUUCUGAAAACAAAA